GAUUUUUCUGAGACCGUUAGUCUGUUCCAACCUCCGGUGGAGUCCAUCCGGACACUGUAGACCAGUUUCGCGCAUCUUCAGCAUCUUUUGUGCUGGAACAUUUUUUUUACUGAACUGAGGAAAAUUAUCCCCAGAUUAUAUUUUUCUUAACUGCUCCUUUUAUUCAUGCCUUUUUAUGUUCCUCAUGAACAUUGGGGGAAAAGGACCGGUUUGAUCCAUGCGUAAAAGCCCCUAUUAAGUGAUUUAUCCAAAGAGGACUGUCGGAAUUAGAGUUGCCGAUUUCUUCCUGUAGGUCUCUUCUCCUCAUGACAGUGGAUUUAGCUCUUUUCUUGCAUUUAAGAGGAAUGAUUUAAUGAACUUUCCCGAAAACACACUUUUGUCUCAUCUAGAAAGGUAUCCCGAUUUGUUUGCCUUCUUUUAAACUGGAUCUAUGUGACAGAGGCGCCCGUUUUCGCAGUUCCAGCGGACACUUUGCUGUCUUUUGUAAGUAAAACUGUCUUAAUGGAAACAUGACCAAAGGUGCAAGACAACCGGCUCUCCUGAACACCUUCCACCUGCUCCUGCUGCUGCUUCAUGUCCCACCGGCGUGUCUCUCCGCGCAGCGCAGGCACCCAGCGCGCUAUUUUGGCCACAUCGCUGAGAACUCCCCGGCUGGAACGCCUGUGGAUGGGGUCUUGAUCCCGCUUGAAGCCGGAGUCUGCUCAGGUGCAGACCUGGAAGGAAGCCUGUACGGGAAUUACCCAUCAGAUUUUAGGAUCGUUUACGACUCCAGACAACGGGACCAACGAGGACAUUUGAUUUUGGUGUCCGCCAAGCCUUUGGACAGAGAGUUUAUAGCGAUGUACGAACUGACGGUAGAACUGCCGCCCAUGUGUCAGAGGAGAGCGGCGGUGGUCCAGGUCGAGGUGUCCGACAGGAAUGAUAAUAUACCCCAGUUCACCAGCGGGAAUAAAACGGUGGAAGCGGAUGAGCUGGCGCCGCUUGGAACCGUGUUGGCUCGCUUCGACGCAAAAGACGGCGACGCGGAGAGAAAUGGACGCGCAACUUUUUACGCAUCGCCAGAGUCCAGUUUGCUCCACGUGGUUCCGCAAACCGGCCAGGUGAGGCUCGUCGGGUCCCUGUUGGGGGUCAGCCAGCUUACCCUGCGCCUGUACGUGAAGGACGGCGGGGAUGUGGCGCUGGUCGGGGAGCCGGUGUUCCUUUGGGUCAACGUCCGUGGGUCCAGCAGAGCGCAGCGGAGGCCCCGCGCUCUGUCCGAGGAUCUGACCUACACGGUCUCCGUUCCGGAUCACAUCAGAGUCGGCGAUCUGGUGUUCACUGUGCCGGACCAGAGGUUCGAACAGCGCUGGUUCGAGGUGAUCUCCGAGGCCGACUCGCCCGUACAGAUCGAAAGAGACUCGGGGCGCCUGUACCUGGCGCGCAGCCUGCGGGAGCCCGCGGAGGUGACGGUGAAGAUCCAGAACCUGCGGGGUGAGGAGUGGUACCUGUGCAGAUUAACGUUGAGCUCGCCCAGUCAGGCUGACCUGCAGUGGGGAAUGUCCCCGUCGCCUUACCUGGGCGCCGUGGGUCCGGACGCCACCCCUGGUUCCGUAGUCUACCGGCUGACAGCGAGACAGCGAGACGGCGCGCUGGGACAAGCUCAGUUCCUCCUGCUAGAUGGUGGUGAGGACUGCUUUGAGGUGGACCGCCGCUCCGGGCUGAUCAGGACGACAGGGCGACCUCUGACCCCGGGCAGGGAGUACCAUCUGCGGGUCCAGGCGAUGAACGGAGGAGGCCGUAAAGGCCCGCCAGCCACAGUUUCCAUCCUCGCUGGAUACCGACCACCACAGUUCACCAACUCCACUUACAGCCUGAACGUGCUGGAAAACACGCCUGUCGGCCAACCGGUUGCUGUGGUUAAGGCCGUGUCCUUCCAGAUGAAGAGUCUGUCCUACAUGUUGCUGGUGAACCCUGGAAACCUGUUCAGCAUCAACCAGGAGAGCGGCGCUCUGAGCCUCACCAGAUCCGUCGACUACGAGAGCGGCCACAACCUGCACACCCUGCAGGUCCGAGCCUCCGAAACCGACACCGGCCUCAGCGGCGUCGCAGAGGUUGUUGUCCACGUAACGGAUGAGAACGACUGCACACCAGAGUUUCUUCACUCCAUCUACACCAGAGAUAACAUACCUGAGAGCGUCGCACCGGGAACCUCUCUACUGCAAGUUCUGGCUCGCGACUGUGACUCCGGCGUGAACUCCGACAUCUCCUACUUCAUUCCCAGUGCUGAUUUUGACAUCACGUCCGGGGGCGUGGUCAGCCCCGCCCGUCGCCUGGACUACGAGCGGCCCAAUCACAUUUACGAGUUUGUGGUUGUGGCCGUGGAUGCGGGGGCGCCUCCCCGAACCGGGACGGCCUCGGUUCGUGUCCGCGUGGCGAACAGCAACGAUGAGGCGCCGGUCUUCUCCCAAACCGUCUAUAAGACGUUCCUCAGUGAGGAUGCCGGCCCUGACACGCUGGUCGCCAUUGUUCACGCCAACGACCCAGACGGGGACGGCGUCUCGUACGCCAUUACAGGCGGCAACGAGGACAGCAACUUCCAGCUGGAUAACCAAAAAGGCAUCAUCAAGCUGAGGCGGAGCCCACCGCCCAGACUCCGGGGUCCGCAGUACGUCCUCAACAUCACCGCCACGGACGACAACGCGUCCGGCGGUCCCUAUCCGCUCAGCAGCGCCGCACAGGUCAUCGUUGGGAUCAACGACAUCAACAACAACAAGCCCAUGUUCGACGAGUGUCAGAACUACAACGCAGCCGUUCUGGAGAACCAGCCGCCGGGGACGUUCGUGCUGCGCGUGGAGGCCCACGACGGAGACAUGGGGGUCAACGGAGAGGUCAAAUAUGGCAUCAUGCACAGAGACGGUGUGUCGUCUGGCUUUGACAUUGAUCCGGACACAGGAGUGAUCAGCACGGCGGCGAGCUUUGACAGGGAGCGCCAGCGGGAAUUCACGCUCUCUGUGACGGCCACCGAUCAGGCGGAGGAGCCGCUGAUCGGGAUCUGCCAGAUCACGGUGCUGAUCCUGGAUCAGAACGACAACGACCCCAAGUUUGAGAACAGCCGUUACCAGUACUUCCUCAGAGAGGACACUCCAGUUGGAACCAGUUUUUUACGGGCGGCAGCGCACGACGACGACCAGGGCAGCAACGCCGCCAUUACCUACUCACUGUCCAACCAGAAGCCAGCUUACCUGCACAUCAACCCCAACACUGGCUGGAUUUAUGUCAACCACCCCAUCUCACAGACGUCAAGGAUCAACCAGCAGAUCCUGGCCUCAGACGGAGGAAACCGCAGCAGCUCUGUGGAGCUGACCGUCAUCAUCACCAACGUUCACAACCAGCCGCCUCACUGGGAGCAGCCAGAAUACUGGGUCACCGUGCCGGAAAACACCGUCCGGGAUGCCAAGAUAGUGACCGUCAAGGCAACGUCUCCGCUUGGCGAUCCCAGGGUGACCUACAAUCUGGAGGAAGGCCUGGUUCCAGAGACCAACAUGCCGGUGCGCUUCUACAUCAAACCCAACAGGGCGGACGGCUCGGCGUCCAUCCUGGUAGCCGAGAACCUCGACUACGAGACGACACGCUUCUUCACGCUAAGAGUGCGUGUGCAAAACGUCGCUGCUGUGCCUCUCGCUUCCUUCACCACCGUAUACGUCAAUGUGACGGACGUCAACGACAACGUGCCGUUCUUCCUGUCGUCCACCUACGAGGCCACGGUUCCUGAAGGAGCCCAGAUCGGCACAUCGGUCGCUCAGGUGUCGGCGACGGACCUGGACUCGGGUCUGCAUGGGACGAUCCACUACACGAUCCUGAAGGAUGAGAGCGGAGACUCUCAGUAUUUCAGCAUCGACUCCCGCAGCGGCGUGGUGGUGACGCGUGCCUCUUUUGACCGCGAACAGAAAGCUUCGUACCUGAUCGAGGUGCAGUCGCAGGACGGCUCCGAGUCGGCCCGACCGGGUCAGCAAGGCCAGCCAAACACAGACACGGCCUACGUCAGGAUCUUUGUCACCGAUGUCAACGACAACGCACCGGCGUUCGCCCAGCCGGUGUACGAAGUGAGCGUGGAGGAAGACAAGGAGGUGGGCUUCGUCCUCAUCACCGUCACCGCCAACGACGAGGAUGAAGGCGCUAACGCUAAGCUGCGCUACCAGAUCACCUCAGGAAACACCAUGGGGACCUUCGACGUGGAGCCCGAGGUGGGCACCAUCUUCGUGGCCCAGCCUCUGGACUACGAGACGGAGCAGCACUACGAGCUGCGGCUGGUCGCUUCCGACGGGAAGUGGGAGAACGAGACCCUGGUGGUGGUUCAGGUGGUCAACCGCAACGACGAGGCGCCGGUGUUCAGUCAGACCGAGUACCACGCCUCUGUGAUGGAGGAGCUCACUCAGCUUCCUGUCUUCAUCCUAGAGGUGUCAGCAACGGAUCCGGAUCAGGAAGCGGACCAGACUGCCCUCCGUUACUCCCUCCACGGCCAGGGUGCCGGUGGAGAGUUCACCAUCGACGAACGCACCGGCAGAAUCUACGCCCAGCGUCGGCUGGACCGAGAGGAGCGUCCCGCCUGGAGAUUCCUGGUCCUGGCCACAGACGAGGGAGGCAUGGGGCUCACAGGAUUCGCUGACGUGCUGUUAGAAGUCCGAGACAUUAACGAUAACUCGCCCUUCUUUCCGUGCCCAGCUCUUGAGGUAGAUGGGUGCUUUAUUGGCCAAGUGCCUGAAAACUCACCUGCCGACACCUCCAUCAUGGAGAUGCGCGCCAUGGACCUUGACGACCCUAAUGAAGGCAGGAACGCCGUGCUCACCUACAGCAUCAUCAAGAACAUUCGCAACGAGAUCAACCUCAACCUGUUCUCAAUAAACGCCACUUCAGGGACCAUCUACACAGUUCUUCGUUCUCUUGACCGGGAGACAGAGGACAAGUAUCUGGUGGUGGUGGAGGCCCGGGACGGAGGCGGUUUGUCUGGCACAGGCACAGCCACCAUUAUGGUUUCAGACGUAAAUGACCACCCACCUAUUUUUACUCAACGUUCCUACACCGCUCAGGUGAAUGAGGACCUGGAGGUAAACAGCGAGGUUCUCGUCGUCUCCGCCACCGACCGAGACGAGGGUGAGAACGCAGUCGUCACCUUCAGCAUUGUGGGCGGAGACGAGGAAAGGAAGUUCUUUGUGGAGACAGACAAAGUAAACCGGCGCGGCGUGAUAAAACUCAAAAAGAAGGUUGACUUUGAGAAGCUCCACGAGAGGACCUUUAACCUGACCCUGAAGGCUGAAGAUGCGGACUUCUUCAGCCUGGCCUACUGUCUCGUUCAAGUGGAAGACUCCAACGAUCACGCUCCCGUCUUUUUUCCGCAGUUUUACGAGUCGGCCGCCAUGUCCGAAGAUGUCCCCGUGGGAACCAUCGUCGCCCAGGUCACAGCGUCUGAUCUGGACUCUGGUCAAAAUGGCCGCUUCUCCUACAGUAUUUCCAAAGAAUCAGACCCUUACAGUCAGUUCCUGGUGGAUCAGUCGGGCUGGGUGGUAGUUGCUCACUCUCUGGACCGAGAGAAAAUCUCUCAGCACAGGAUCAUGGUUCUUGCCACUGAUGCCGGUAUCCCACCGCUAACCGGCACCGCGAUCGUUAUGGUGACUGUCCUUGAUGUUAACGACAAUGGGCCAGAAUUUGAGGCUCCCUACAGGCCUGUUGUUUGGGAGAACACCGCAGCGCCACAGGCAGUUCAAAUGAACAAAACGUCCAUGCUUCUUCACGCCAUCGACCGUGACACCUCCGUCAACGCUGGACCUUUCUCCAUCCGGCUUCUCCUGCUCACCUCUGAUGCCACCAACUUUAAUUUGACGGACUUUCGCAACGGCAGUGCCGCCAUCACAGCUCUCCGCAGCUUUGAUCGCGAGCGCCAAAAGGAGUACCGCCUUCCUAUCCUCAUGAUUGACAGUGGCUCUCCUCCAGUGAGCUCGACCAGCACACUGACAGUCGUCAUCGGUGAUAGAAAUGACCAUCCACACCUUCCUGGACACACCCACAUUGUUGUCUACAGUUAUGAAGGAAUCCUCCCAACCACAGUUAUUGGACAAAUUCAGUCCCCUGACCUUGACGACUGGAGUGAGAAGGUGUACCGCUUCGAUGGCAAACCAACCAGGUUGUUCGGUCUGAACCAGAGCUCAGGUGAGCUCAGCAUCAGGGAGGGGACUCCUCCCGGCGCGUACCGCCUGCAGGUGCGCGUGUCAGACGGCGCGUGGCCCGACGUCGUCUCCACGGCUCAGGUUGACGUCGCAGAGCUGCACCAGGAGGCCCUGCAGCAAGCUGGCUCCAUCCGCCUGAACAAUCUCACCGUGGACGAGUUUUUCCAGAGUAGCGGCCGCGGUCAGGGAAGCCGCUUUUCUCGCCUGCGUCAGAUGUUGGCUGAUUUCCUGCAGACCUUGCCGGAGAACGUGCAGAUCUUCUCUCUGAGCAACGGCGGCCAGCAGAGCAGCAAAGCGCUUGAUGUGUGGUUUGCUGCUCACGGUUCACCGUACUACAAGGCUGAGAAGCUGCACGGCUACGUGGCGGCAAACAAGGCCAAGCUGGAGGCCAUGUUGGGCGUGUCCAUCAGCCAGGUGGGCGUGGAUGACUGUCCGCACACCGACUGCAGCCAGUUUGGAGGCUGCAGCAGCGAGGUUUCGUUCAGCGAGGUCCCGGUGGCUCUGAGCGCCGGUAACGCCUCCCUGGUGUCUCUCUCAGCCUCUUCCUCGGCACGCUGCGGCUGCAGAGGGCGAGAGGCGACCCACCUGUCGUGCUCCGCUUAUCCCGUCAACCCCUGCCUCAACGGAGGCACCUGCCAGGACGGACCCCUGGGAUACCGAUGCAAGUGCCCCCCCUUGUUUGACGGGCCGGAGUGCCAGCAGACCAGGCACAGCUUCGGCGGUCAGGGCUACGCCUGGUUUCCUCCCAUCAAGCCGUGCUUCCAGAGCCGCAUAUCCCUGGAGUUCCUGUCGGAGUCGGCCAACGGGCUGCUGCUGUACAACGGGCCGCUCGGCCUGGUCCAGCCCGGGGAGCCGGAGGACUUCAUCGCCGUCGAGUUGAGGAACGGUGUUCCGGUUCUGAGCAUAAACCACGGAUCGGGAACUCUGACCCUUCAGCUCCCGCCUAAAGAUGCGAUCAACGACCGACGCUGGCAUCGCCUUGACAUAAUCAGCGAUGGGAAGCUUGUCCAGCUGAUCCUAGACCAGUGUGGCGGGGUUCCAGUGAACGAGAUGGAAGGCGUUGCUGCAGAGACCCGGCAGAUAGACGAGUCCGGCUGCAGAGCUGCAGGAGAGACGCCCGGGAACCAGCGGUAUCUCAACGUGUACCAGCCUCUUCAGCUGGGAGGAGUGAAGGAAAUGUCUCCCUACCGCCGUUACCGAAGUUUUGCUGGAUGCAUCCGAAACCUCGUAGUUGACAGCCAGGUGUACGAUCUGGCAGAUCCAGGUGAGAGUGUUGACAGCGCGCCGGGGUGCAAGCUCACAGACGGCGUGUGCGUGACGGCGGCCGGUCCUUCGUGUGGCGCUCACGCCUCCUGCCUCGCCGACUGGGGCUCCUUCAGCUGCGAGUGCCAUCCGGGACACGCCGGACACAAGUGUGAGAGAGCCGUCCAGGAGUUCUCCUUCGACUCGGACAGCCUGGUGCGUUUCCAGCUCAGAGGAGGCGGCAGCUCCCGACGCACCAACAUCCAGAUGCUCCUCCGGACCAGAGCCGCCUCGGGGACGCUGCUCUCUGUGGCCUCCCGGGACGGCAGCGAGUUCAUCAUCCUGGAGAUCGUGGAAGGUCACAUCUCGGUGCGCGCCAACCUGGGAGACGGCGCUCGCUCCCUCCAGCUCCCGGGUCACAGAGUGGACGUCGGACAGUGGGUCCUGGUCAGCCUCGGUCGCCAUGACAGCGCGUUCACCCUGCGGCUGGAGCAGGGAGGCGGCUCACGCGAGGUCCAGGCUCAGCUGGGGAGCCGCAGGGAGAUCCUGGUUCAUCCGGCCAGCCUGAUGGUCGGACACAGACCGAACGCUGGAGACAAGGCCGACUUUCAGGGCUGUCUGCGGGACGUCCGCUUCAACGGCCACGUCCUGCCUCUGGACGGGCAGAGUCGGGACUUGGUGACGGUGCUGGAGCGGCGAGGGGUCGCCUCAGGCUGCGCCAGCGACUCCUGCAGAGGCCAACCCUGCCGCAGCCCGCUGCGGUGCAUCGACCUGUGGAGAAAACACCAGUGCAAGUGUCCGGGCGCUCAGGUGACCGUGACAGAAGAGUCCGGUCUCCAGCGCUGUGUGCCAUCGCCCUGUGGGCCGUCCUCCUGCCGUAACGGCGGCGUCUGCCAUGCGCUCUCGCCCGACAGCUACCAGUGCCGGUGUCAGGAGGGCUUCCGGGGUCAGCGCUGCGAGCUCGGGCAGAUCAAAGGACAGAGGAUGGCUGCUCUCAGCCCCAGCUCCAUCCUCGCCAUCAGCAUGUGCCUGCUCGUCUUCAUCGUCGUAUUGGUGGCGGUGACUGUUUGGAAUCAGAAAGGCAGCCGAAACAAGUUCAGGAAACGAGGAGUUUACCACAUCCCUGCUGAACACCAGAGCUGGGAGGACAUCCGUGAAAACAUCCUCAACUAUAACGAGGAAGGAGGAGGAGAGCAGGACCAGAAGGCCUAUGACAUCACGGAGCUGAAGCGUCCUCUGUGCUCCAGUCUGUCCCAGUCGUCCUCCUGCACCACCGCCCCGCUCAUCAAGUCCUCCCCGGGCUCCCAGGAGGAGGUCCAUCCGUCCAGCUCCUCCUGCAGCUCAGGCGCUCCCUACCUCAGCAUCCCUCACCACCACCACCACCACCAUCACCAUCAGAACGCGGUCAGCGGCGGCGGCUACAGCAGCGACGCCACCUACGCCAACUACUCCUCUCAGGCGGGCAGGGACCCGGAGACGAGCGACGCCGGCUGGUAUGGCGACGCUCCGCCGGCAGCUCGCUCCCACGUUGACUUUAAAAGCUACGUGGAGCGGAUCGUCUGGGAGGCGGACAACGACAGCGCCGCGUUUCCAGCCGACGCCUACCACGUCUGGUGCGUCGAGGGCUCCGGGUCCUCGGCGGGAAGCCUCAGCUCUCUGGGGUCGGCGGUGUCCUGCAGAAGAAUGGCUGCCGGGGACCAGGAGGAGAAAGAGGAGGAGGAGCAGGAGGAGGAGGAGAAGGGAGGAGGUCUUGUGUACGACAGGCUGUCACGGUGGGGCCCGAAGUUUCAGGCUCUGAGUGAUAUGUACGACCGGCCGCAGCUGGGCCUCACAUACAGGGACGCCAUCGCCUACAUCCAGAGGAGCCACAGCCAUGACCCGCUGCCCCAGCACCACUAGGCGGAGCCAAUCAAACGGUCAGAUGGUGUUUAACGGGUGGAGAAGUGCUGCAUUCACACAAUGUCUGAAAACAAACUAAUGAAACAGUGAUGACUGGAUCCUGGAGCGCUAACAGAUACGAUUAUGGUCACUUCAGGGAUAUUUAUCCAGGGGAGGAACGCUUAGAUCCAAUAAGUUACGUGGGGCACAAAAACUAAACACCUAUUAGCAGCAAUUAAUUUUUUUGGGUAUGCAUACAACCUGACUGAUCAAUUUCAAAUUAAACAGAUAGAUUGGCAGAACAACAGAAUAAAAAAAUGAAUUUUAUAUAAGCUAAAUGUAAUUUAAUUUUAUACAUAAAAUUACAAAUAAAGGCUCACUCAUAAUGUUAAUUUAGUGAACAGAAAAGAUUCACAUCAAUCCUUCAGUGAGCCGCUAAGGAUAACCAUCACUAGAUAGUCUCACACUGUCCAGCAGAGCCUAAACGUAACAUCUGCAUUUCCAGCAUUUUGAUUGGACGAUCCGAGCUUGGGGCCAUAGGAUUUGUGCCCCACGUCUGUUGGGCAUGCUCCCUGUGAUUUCAGAUGUUCAUUAUUUAAACAAACGUUGGGGACCGGCCCCAACAUCAAGGCGCCUCAAGAGGAUUUAGCUACUGAGCUUAGAUACAUAGACACACAUGUUAAUAACACAAUUUUAUUGGUAAGGGAAUCAGUCUUUUUUACAAUAUUACCUGACCCCACUGGCCCCAAAUGCAGAGAUGCUACAGGUUAUAUCAUGUUUAGCUAAAAUCCUGCCAUAAAUUAGCUAAAAAUCAGUCCCAAAAACCAUUAUGGAAUAUUAGGUCCAUAUCAGAGAGAUGCAACAAGCUAGCAGUGCUUCUCUGUGCUUCUCAGUUGGCCAUAAUGUGCAAUGGGAGGAAUAAAACCAAAGAAACUGUAGUUUUGCAUAUGAGUAACUAAAAAUUUAGAAAGGAUACGCAAAUAUAAAUGCCAAAACUUAAUGCAUUCACAACUAGAAAUGUCUAGAAAUGCCCCACUUUGUUUUAAUUUGUUGCCACUGGCUGCUGUGCUGCAAUUUUUCGCUGUCAGAGAGUCAGAAGCAGAGGUUAGCCCUGCAGGAAGGCCCUGUGGGUUUGAAACCCAGCCUGGGGUCUAUUUGCAUGGAGCUUGCAUGUUUUUCCCAUGCAUGCUUGGGUUCUCUCUCCAGGUACUCCAGCUUCCUCCCAUAAACAUGCCCGUUUGGUUGAUAGCUCUCUCUGAGUGUGUUUGGUUCUCUGUGUGGACUCCACAGGGUUUACCCAUCCUCUAGCCCAGCGAUCAGCAGAUGUAGACAAUCUAGUAACGGAGUUUAAAUCAGACGUUGUGUGAAUGCAGCCGCUCCGCUCCCAUGUUUUAGCCAGAAAAUCAAGGACACAUUCAGGGUUGGAGGCUCGUUGUGUUGUGCUCAUUUAUUCAGAGAAGUUGUGAUUCAGAGCCUUGAAGAAGAAAAAAACAAAAGAGAAGCACAGAAAACUCGUUACCGGUUCAUUUACCGUCUUCACACUGCAACAUUUUUCUUUUUCCAUUAAAAUCUGCUCUUUGUGAUGUAGUUAUUCGAUUUGUGAGAGGUUUCUGGGUCGCUGCGCUCUGCUCUGGCAGAGUGGGACUUUCAGGGUCGAAGAGUGUUUUUCCUGAAGCAACGUCACCGUGAAGUGGUGCGAGAAGCUUUGAGGGGGGCUGGAGGUCGGGCUGAAAGAAUUACACUGCUACACUUGAAACCUCAGAAAACUUGAAGGCCUUGAACACGACUUCCAGCUGUUCUCACAGAGCAUUUCCUUUCAGCAUUUUUUUUUUUUAUUUUAGCAUUUAUGUUGAAAAUUUCAAACCCAGAAGUCUUUUCAAGGAUUUUUGCAGUUUUUUUUUCUUUGUAAAUAAAGAUAAAUCAACUAAGAUGCUUAAACUCCCAGGUUAACAAAUCGGUCUAAACACUCAGAAGCAGGCUUUUAAUUUGUCUUUUCUACCUUGUUAUUGCACUAAGAGGAUUCAGUCUGUAGACAGGACUGAAUAAUCAAUUUGAGAAACAAAACUUUUGUAAUAUUAGCGGGUGAAACACUUUUUUUAGCCCACAGCGUUUCCACCUUGUAAAACCAACUUUACUGGUACAUUUUUGAAUAAGAUUAUUUUUCUACUCCCUUAAAGAAGUUCAUUAAAGUUCCUCUCUGAUGGUUUUCGGUUGUGCGCUGUUGACAUGCUGUUUGGCAACACUCGACUGUUUCUGUCCUAAAACUCACUGUGUUACGUAGAAAUUUGACCUUCGAGCUGUUUUGAAACUCGUAUUUGGUGAAAACAAGACAGCAGGAACCCUAGUUUAACAUUUCUGCAGCAGAAGAGGAGUUUGUUAAUCUGUUUACCUGUUUGACUCAUACCAACUUUUUUCUUUUUGUUUGUUUGUUUGUUUGUUUGAGAGCGGCCUGUUGCACGUUUAUCAUCCAGACACCAGGUGGUGCUAGAGAGAGAAGAGAUGGAAGAAACUAAAUAAAAUAUGCACUAAAAUGUGUUUUAAACAAGAGAACACCUUUCACACAGACCACUGACUUUUUGGGAAUCUUUUAGACAUUAUAUCAAAGGUAAAAAAAAAUAAAAAUAAUAAUAAUAAUAAUAAUAAUAAUAAUAAUAAUAAUAAUACAGUAGAGCAUGGAGCCAGUCUGUGGUCAUACAUGUUUGGGAUCUGAGGAUCUGAUUUGCUUUUUAAAAUUUACCUUUCAGCCCCGCUACAGAUCUUAGCAUCCCUGGUAAAUACACGAACCAAGCCUUAAAAUAAUAAUAAUUUGUCUUAAUGGAAGAUUUUCAGAAAUAAAAAAUACUUUUGAAUUAAUUUCAAUAAAAUUAAAAAAAAACACUCCUUAGUAUUUUAUAAAUUUAGAUGACUGACUAAAUGUUACAUAAAUAAUAGAGAGCUGCUAAAAAACAGUCAAAGUAUGAAGGGGCCGUUCCAGUUUCCGACUAAUAGAACGCACCGUUAUCUUCCUUAGCUUUAGCUCUUUGAAAAUGGAAAAAACAAGAAAACUUGCCGUUCAGACAAGGCAAAUGCAUGUUGAUCCUGACAAGUCAAAAAAUGGCAACUGGACAGGUUCUUGAAUUUAAACGGGGAAGGAAAAAAUCUCCAAAGCCUUUCGUCAGUGACAGCAACUGCAAUAUACGCUGAUUGUAUUCACACAGUUGAAUAUAAAGAAUAUGUGCAGGUAUUGUUUUAUUUAUUUGAACAUUAAUCUGGAUAUUUAGCUGUAGAAAUCGGUUCGGUUCAAAAGAAAGCACGAGGAUCCUCGUAUGUUGUGAUCCUAAGCUAUAAGAAUCUGCAUCUGUUGUGUUCUCACUGUUUUAUUUUCCUUUUCUCAUCAAAGUUUGCAGACACAAAGGGCCAAAUCCUGAUUAAGACAAAGGGACGGCGGAGACGCCAGGCUGCUUUUCUACUAUCUUAAUCUCAGCAGCAACCUGUGAAGUUUAUUUAGUGCUCACUUAAGAGUCUUUUCACGGCUCAGCUGCUGUAAAUUCAGCUGUAGCCAUUUGUUUCACCUGCAUUAAACCAGGCUGUAAAUUUGUCUUCCUGAAGGUGCGAUAAGGAACGGGAACUGAAGAUGUUGCCCUUGAAAAAAGCAGAACAAUUGUUUUCGCCACACGACUUUCUGGACUGAUUUUUGAGCAUUUUGUUAUCAAAAUGAAGGCAGGUGAUUUGUUUCUUGGAGGCUGAUGAGUUUAACCUGAAUCACUUGAAAGGGUUGAUUCCCAGCCUCCCGCUCAGCCAGGUUUGUUUUCAUCACGCCGCCUGAUGAAUGUAGAUUUACACGGAGAGGAGAGGAAGACUCCUGGACGGGAUCUAAGAAACAAAACAAUCAGUUAAAUAAAUAAAAGGUUUGUUUUAAACCCAAUAAUCAAAUCAAAAUUCCCCUGCCAACGCAGGAACGUUUCGCCUCCUCUCACAUUCCUUCUCUCUGUUGUGGGAAAGUUUAAGUUUGUGUUCAGAGUUCGCAGCAAUUCCCUUCAGAUGGUGGAACAGGUUUUCAGUUUCUCUUCUGGUGCCGGAAACAAAACAGAAUAAAAUCAAAAUAAGUCCUGAAAAAAAAAAACAGGCUCAAAGCUAUGCAUCCAAAUGGAGUUUUGUGUGUGUAUGUGUGUGUGUGUGUGGGCCUGAAGCAGAUGUUGACAGAUGUUUUGCUCAUUUCUGUGCUCAACAUCUGUUGUAAAUCCAGUAACAGAGGUGUGAAUGUGUUGCCUCAUUCAGACACAUUUCUUGUUUUGUUUUGUUUUUUUCCUGUAGUGACUUUCAGUGCUGAGCAGAGAUGAACUGUGUAAUAUGUUGUACAUAGAGACAUUUUAUAGCUGCCUAUAACGGAUUAUUCCUUUUGUAUGUGACUUUUAAUAAAUAAAUAAAUAAAAAGCCUUUUUCCCCCAUAGA